AUGCGAUCGCUCCAACGCCGUCCCGUUCACGUCGUACGCCUCCUUCAACGCCGCCGUCUUCAUUCGAAUCUCGUCCAAGAUGGUCGCGCGGUGCGCGCGCUCUUUCACGACCGCCUCCGCGGCGGCGGCGGACAGCGCCGCGGCUUGCUCCUCGAGCAGACGGGUCGUGUUUUUUUCCGCCUCCGCGGCGGCUUCCUCCGCUCGUCUCUCCGCGUCUUCGCCCGCUCUCGUCAGCUCUGCGGCCAGCGCCGCGACUCUCCUCUCAGAUUUUUCAACCUCGGACGCGAGAGCCUCGAUCUGUUCGCCGCGUGCUCGGCCGCGACCGCGUGCUCCGUGCGAGCGCCGCGGUCGACGACGCAGCUCGCGUCCUCCUCAGCCUGGUACACCAUGGCUUUGUACGUCCCGGACCAUUCCUUGUCGUCCUGUGAGCGAACGAGGGAGUGCGUGCGUCGUCGCGCGCGCGGGCGUGAGUUUAGGUUGAAGACGAGGGAGGAGAGAACGAUCCCCGAAGAAGAAGCGGAAGAAGAAAAAAAUGUCGUCCGGCGUUUUAGACGGCGUCGGCGUCGACGACCCGCCGCGACACGACCGGCGUUACGAAGCCGCGCUAAAUUGAGCAACGCGCGACCCCGAGGACGAUUCGUGUUGGCUGUGUGA